GGAAGGAAAAAAACUACUUUGGAACAACACGAAAUACUGAUACAAUUUAUGGAAGGACAUCCUGAUUUAGCCCAAAAUAGGAUACAAAGUCUUGAGGCACGAAAACAAGCAGCACAUUUGUGGGAGCAGCUAGCAAAUGAAUUGAAUAGUUGUGGCCAUGGAGCUACAAAGUCAACAGAGAAAUGGAUGAAGUCAAGGAGAGACUGGCGUUUGGAUGUAAAAUCUAAAGCAUCCAAAUUAAGAAAUUAUCAGAAAGGAACAGGAGGAGGAGGUCCAUCACCAGCAUCUUUACAAGAAACAGAAAAGAGAUUAAUUGCUUUGAUGGGGAUAGAAUCAGUAAUUGGGCACUUAAGCGUAACAGAUCCUGCAGAGAUAUCGAUAUACAAAUAUUACAUGAAAUGCAGGCUCAAACAGAAACACUUAAAAAAUUGA